GGAUAAGAGACCCACUUGCUGCACACUGGUUUAGGGGAGGGUUCUCCUUUAUAAAAGUUCGGCUAAAAACCUACCUGGUUGUCACUUUAGUCAUGAUGGCGAUUGUGGGGAUUUUGGUUGCUGUUGCUGUGUUUCUGGAGUCGGUCUCUGCGACCUCUCUUGGAGUGGUUUACACAGAGGGAGGAAUGGUGGAGGGUGAAAAUGUUCGUAUUAGCUAUGGCAAUUACAUGGAUAUCUUUAGAGGAGUUCCCUUUGCUGACAUCCCUGGAAGGUUCGAGAAACCGAAGCGUCACCCUGGCUGGGAUGGUAUUUUGAAGGCCAAAGAGUUUGCGCCGAGAUGCCUUCAGGUGGACUUUCUCAUGAUUAACACCAUGGGCAAUGAGGACUGUCUCUAUCUGAAUAUCUGGGUUCCUCAUGGCCGCUCAGUGUCCACUGGUCUGCCUGUCAUGGUCUGGAUCUUUGGAGGAGGCUUCCUGGUCGGAGGUUCAAUGGGUGCUAACUUCCUUGAUAACUAUCUGUACAGCGGGGAGGAGAUUGCAGAAAGAGGAGAUGUUAUUGUUGUGACAGUGGGGUAUCGUGUGGGAACUCUGGGCUUCCUGAGCACUGGAGACUCUAGUAUACCUGGAAAUUAUGGUCUGUGGGACCAGCAGGCUGCCAUCGCCUGGGUUCACAGAAACAUCCGCUCAUUUGGAGGAGACCCUGACAACAUCACCAUCUUUGGAGAGUCUGCAGGUGGAGCUAGUGUCAGCUUCCAGACUUUAACUCCCCACAACAAAGGACUGAUCAAGAGAGCCAUCUCCCAGAGUGGUGUCGCCCUUUGUCCUUGGGGUGUCAACAGAAACCGCAGGUUCGCUGAGGAGAUUGCAUUAAAAGUCAACUGCCCUACCGAUGACAGAAUGGCUGCUUGUUUGAAGAUGACUGAUCCUGUGCAACUAACAUUGGCUGGUUCCAUUGACAUAUCCGGCUCUCCUGAUUCUCCCAUUUUAUUCAAACUGCUCCUGUCUCCUGUGAUCGAUGGCGACUUCUUACCGGAUGAGCCUUCCAACUUGUUCCACAAUGCAGCCGACAUUGACUACAUUGCUGGACUCAACGACAUGGACGGACAUAUCUUCACUGGUGUAGAUGUUCCAUCAAUCAACUCUGACUUGGUGGACACGCCAAUUGACGAUGUGAAGAGACUGUUGGCUUCCUACACUAGAGAGAAGGGUGCAGCUGGUUUGAAUGAGGCUUACUCCACAUACACCUCAACCUGGGGAAGUAAACCCGACAGGGAGACCAUCAAGAAAACUGUUGUGGAAAUUGGAACAGACUACAUUUUCCUUGCUCCUACGCAGGCUGCUUACCUUCAUGCUGCUAAUGCUGGGUGAGGACGCACGUACUCCUACGUCAUGUCCGAGCCCAACCGUUUGGGCGGCGUCAUCAUGCCCUAUCUAGCUGGAUGGGCGGCUGACCACGCUGAUGACCUGCAGUACGUGUUCGGAAAGCCUUUUGCCACACCUGGGUACUGGCCUAGCCAUCGUGACCUCUCUGGCUACAUUGAUUGCCUACUGACUAACUUUGCCAAAACUGGAGAUCCCAACAAAGGAGGCCUGAAAGUCCCUGCUACCUGGCCCCAGUUCACCGAUGGACACAAGUAUCUGGAAAUCCGUAAUAAUAUGAAUGCAAACUUUGUAAGACAACAGCUGAAGCUGCGUUAUGUGAAUUUCUGGUCCAAUGUCUUUCGCCUUCCUACAGUCUACUCAGAAUAA